AUGGAGUGGAAUCACUGGAAUGGCAAUCUUAAACCCUUGGUUCCUCGACCAGAUAACUCAUUCGGCUUUGUCUACAACUCCAAGUAUGACCAAUAUCCAGAGAUGAAGCUUCCGGUGCAGACUCAGAGUGCAGUCCUUCCAGUGAUGGACACGAACAACUAUGGGAAUGAAGAGAAGAAGAAGAGAUUGACAAGUGAUCAGUUAGAGUCAUUGGAGAGUAGUUUUCAGGAGGAUAUGAAGCUCGACCAAGAUAGAAAGAUGAAGCUGGCAAAGGAGCUAGGGCUGCAGCCUCGGCAAAUUAGUGUUUGGUUCCAAAACAGGAGGGCUAGGUGGAAGACUAAGCAGCUUGAGCGCUUAUAUGAUGCAGUUAAACUGGAACUUGAUGUUGUGCAUAAGGAGAAGCAGGAGCUCCAAGAGGAGGUUAUGGCAUUGAGAGCCAUCCUCAGGGAGCAAGCCACGAAGAAGCCAAGGUCCGCAGGCUUUACAGAUAUCUCCGGUGAGGGGACUGCUGAAAGCACAGCAGUCGCGACUCAUGGCUCCGGCAAGCAGAGGGGAACAAGUGGCCAUCAGAUAGCUCAGUACAACUAUGUCUUCAACGUGGACGACUACAAUCCGGUGAUGUCGCCUUACUGGGGAGUUUCGCCUUCUUAUCCUUCAGAGGGGCCUCCAGCUAAGCUGUUCAUGCAUGGACCAAUUUCAGUUAGUGAAGUGUGGCCACAGACAUCAAAUCAUGCCUUACCGAAAGAUUGGGAGUAGCUUUUCUUCUAGCAGAGUUAGUUAUGGAGGAUUGACACUAUACUUUUGAUCGAGCUGAGCCAGUAAUGGAGAACUGAAUAUACUCAACUGCUUCCAUGGCAGUGGGAGUUUAUUAGGACUAUCGACACAGGCUUCUACUAUUUCUCUUACUUGUUUUCUUAUCAACGCUACCAUAUUGGACCUGAUUAAUAGUUUAUAAUAAGCUUCUUGGUACCUUGGC